CGCAAUAGUGAUGCUGGGUCUCGUGUAUAUACGUAGUAGCAAGCAAGGACGCAAUUCACAUUUUCCCCAAAGCGGAUUACUUGUACUAGUAGUACCAGAUGCCAAACAUUCCAAACAAUCGAUUUCCAUUUCAAAGGCAGUCCUUUCCACACAAAACUCAGUCCAAGUACACACCAGAUAUUCGCAGGAAACUCAGGGCCAUAACCGCGCUUCCCUCGUACAUUCGUCCACAAAUAGCUUCCCUCUCGCUAAAUCCUGCCCUUCAGAACACCCCCACCAAUCGGGGAACCCUGACGUCAACUCCCCAAAAACCUCCGAGAGCAAUUCAACUCCAAUCAAAAAAGUUCCCCCACCCAUGCCUCCACUGCAACACAACAGCUCCAUCUCCCCACUAACCACCUUUCUAAUCGUCUUUGGCUUCCUACUCGCGCUCUUUCCAUCUCUCUUUCACACCGUUAUCUGGUCGCCAUACUACUACGCGUUCCCAGACACUGACGCCUCGCGCAACCCCACAUCCGUUCUCUGCAGGAGCCCCAAUAUCUGCGUACCCGAACCUACAAUGUCUUGGUCCCAAAAAACCCUCACCCUCCCCUCGCGCAGCCGCGGCUCCUACCUCAUAACCGACACCAUCACCAAAGAGCUCCCGGAGCUCAAGAACUACAAAGUCGGACUCCUCACGCUCUUCAUCCAGCACACGAGCUGCGCGCUCAGUCUCAACGAGAACUGGGACGAGGAUGUGCGCGCUGAUAUGAGCGAUGCGCUUGACCGGAUUGUGCCUGAGGAUAGGAAGGGUGGAUUGUACAGACAUGACGCUGAGGGGAGUGAUGAUAUGCCUGCUCACGUCAAGUCUGCGCUGGUAGGCGCCAGCGUUACGAUUCCGAUUACGAAUGGGCGUUUGGCGACGGGUACGUGGCAAGGGAUAUGGUUUCUGGAGUUCCGUGCUGCGAAGCACUCGCGGAAAGUUGUGGCUACUAUCCAGGGAGAGAAGAUGUGA